CGCGAGGCUAGCGCCCCGGGACUGGGUGGGCGUGUGCGCGCGGGUGUCGGUGGGUGGGGUGCGGAUACGUGCCUUCCCGCCUUCGCCUCGGCAGACCUGGGUGGAGGCCAGGUCAGGACCCAGGGUUUCUAAUCGCCCCUCCAAGAUCUCCAGCCGCGGAGGAGUUGAGCAGAAAUGAUCAAUACAUUAGGGUUCCUUGUCCCCCCUCCCCCAGCUCGUGGUGGCCAGAGCACAGAACUGGGCGGGGUGGAUGUCAGUGUCUGUGCAGAACGGGCUGUGCAGUCCGUCGGCCUGGGGUCGACUGUCCAGGAAUCCCUGGGGCUCCCCACUCCAGCGUGCCCCACACCUUGGGCUGGCUGCAGGGGGAAGGGGUGCGCUCUGGCCUGCCUCACUGGGGCCUCGUACCGCUUGGAGCCCAGGCUCCUCCUGGCUCCUGCCGCCCGGCGCUGCUCCCACCCUCCCAGGCCUGGCCCUCGGCCCACAGCUGCUGUUGCACAACCCUGGUUAAUGUGUGAUGGGGGGAGGGCUGGGCUGGGCCUGGCCUGGCCCCCAACUCCAGUGGGCUUCAGACCCCUGCCCAGCACCAAGGCCUGAAGGAGCCAUGGUGGAACAAAGCCCAGGGUGUAGAGAACUCAGGCUUCAGUGGGACCCCAGCCCUGUUCCUGGUAGUUCCUGGCGAUUUUCAACUGUGCAACCCGAGCUGGGGGAGGAGCCAGGCCUCCUGUCCUGGGCCAAGAGACAGGCAGCCUGGUGUGCGCACACGUGCCUAGGCCUGCACGUGUACCUAGGCCAGGGGAGGGGCCUGGAGCACUUGCUGGCCCCACCUGCACCUGCCCCCAUCUCCUCCAGAGCCUCCCCAGCAGCAGCCCGGCUAGAGGAGGUUAUGGCUGCCGCAGCCCUUACCAGCUUGUCCACCAGCCCCCUCCUCCUGGGGGCCCCGGCUGCAGCCUUCAGCCCAGAGCCUGGCUUGGAGCCCUGGAAGGAGGCCCUGGCGCGGCCCCCAGGCAGCUACAGCAGCAGCAGCGCCAGCGGAGAGUGGGGCUGGGACCUGGCCAGUGACCAGUCCUCCCCGUCCACCCCAUCACCCCCGCUGCCCCUCGAGGCAGCUCACUUUCUGUUCGGGGAACCCACCCUGAGGAAGAGGAAGGUGAGCUUCGGGGCGGCCCCUGUGGUGGGGUGGUGCGCAAUGGCUGAGCCUGACUCCAGCCCCCGUCUGCAGAGCUCGGCCCAGGCCAUGUUCCAGUGUCUGUGGAAGAGCUGCGGGAAGGUGCUGAGCUCCGCGUCCGGGAUGCAGAGACACAUCCGCCUGGUGCACCUGGGGAGGCAGGCGGAGCCAGAGCAGAGUGACGGCGAGGAGGACUUCUACUACACCGAGCUGGAUGCUGGUGUGGACACGCUGACCGACGGGCUGUCCAGCCUGACCCCGGCGUCCCCCACGGCCUCCUUGCCGCCCACCUUCUCCCGCCUGGAGCUGCCGGAGUCCCCUGUCCUGACCUCUAUGGGCGCCCCCCAGGCGUGCCACAGCGACCACGCCUACCCCGUGGGCGAGGCCACAGGUGGCAGCUGGGGGCAGCUCUCAGGGCAUUCUGGAGGCCUGGAGCCGCAGCCCACCGAGGUCAGGGCCUGUGUGCCGGCCCUUCCUGCCAGGAUGGGCGUCAGCCUGAGGAAGCCCCGUGGUGAUGCUAAGAAGUGCCGGAAGGUGUAUGGCAUGGACCACCGGGACCUGUGGUGCACAGCCUGCCGCUGGAAGAAGGCCUGCCAGCGGUUUCUGGACUGAGCCCGCCCACGGUGCUGAGGCAGCCGCCAGGACUGCUAAAAGGAGAGAAUAAGCUGCCACCUUCUCCCUACCCCCACCCUGGGGUGACACUGACCUGGGAGAGCCCGGCCUCCCCCAGCUGCAGGGUCUACUUUUUAAGGGGGGAAGGAGGAGUCGGUGACCCUGGACCCCCGGAGUGGGGGAGAGGUCCCAGCAUUCAAAGUGCCUCUGAAGAAACCAGCGUUUUGCACUAAAGCCAAACCACGCCGCCGUCCCCUUGGCCACCGGGGCCCUGGGGCCGGCCGUCCUCCCUGCCUGUCGGUCCACAGACUUGUCACAGGCCCGGCGUCGGGGCCAGUCUGCAAUGCACUUUGAGGGGUGUCGGGAAGAGGACCCCCCCUGCUCGCACUUAACUCGGUGGUUCGAGGGCCCUGGGGCUGACCUUUUACCAUGUUUCGAAGCUCAGGUGUCUCGAGUCUGGGCCGCGCCAGGCGAAGAGAAAAAAAUUAAAGAUUUGAGAUUUUUCCAGAA